CGCAGCGGCCGGCACGGCACAUGGGCACCGGUGCUUGUGCUUCCGCUCCAAAGCGCAUCUCCUUUCCACUGGAUGAGGCAGUGACACCCACCCCCCCGCCGCCGCCGCCGAUCUCCGUCCCCGCGGCCCGCCCGAGAGAUCCCCGCCGCAUCGAGCGAGGAUGCCUCGCCACGGCCACCACGAGCCGGCCCCGCCCGCCUGCUGCUCCUGCUGCUGCGGCUGCGCGGGCGCCGCGCCCUGCUACUACCCCGCCCCUGCGCCGUGCUACUACCCCGCCCCCGCGCCGGCCGCGCCCGGCUCCGCCGCGUCCGACCACCUCCUCCACGCCAUCGCCGCCCACCUCCUCCUCAGCUCCCCGGCACCCGCCCAGACACAUCCGCAGCCGCAGCCCCAGACCCAGACGCCGCCGCCUCCUGCCGCCGCGCAACACGCGGCGAAUCCCUACACGUAUCCCCAUCCCUACCAGUACCAGCAGCAGGAGGCCAAAACCCAUGCCUACGCCCACCCCACGUCGGCGCCGCCGCAGCCCAACCCGUCCGCCGACCACGGCCACCUCCUGCUCCACUCGCUCCUGCGCCGGGUGGCCGUGCUCGAGUCCGCCCUCCCCCGCGGCUUCCCCGCCCCUCCCCCGUCGCGGCGGCCGCCCCACCCAAACCCUCGGCCGCGCCGCGCGGCCCGCUACCAGGAGGAGGUGGAGGAAGAGGAAUCGGAGUCGGAGCCGGAAUCGCCGCCGCCGCGGCCGCGGCGACCCGCGCGCGCGGGGCCGCCCUCCGCGGCGGUUGAGCGCGCGGCGCGGACGAUCCAGGCGCACUUCCGCCGCUUCCUUGCGCGGCGCUCCCGGACGCUCCGCCAGCUCAAGGAGCUCGCCGUGCUGCGAUCCAAGGCCGCGGCGAUCCGGGGGUCCCUCUCCGGCCGCCGCGGGUGCGCCGACCCCGCGGCCGUCUCCGAGGCGGCCAUGGGCCUCCUCCUCCGGCUCGACGCGAUCCAGGGAGGGGACCCGAUGAUCCGCGAGGGGAAGCGCGCGGUGAGCCGGGAGCUCACCCGGAUCCUGGAGUUCGUUGACAAGGUGCUGGUCAAAGAGCACGAGCAGGUGGCCAUGGGUGACGCAUUGGGCGCCAGCGAGUACCAUGAAGGCUGCAGUGCUUCGUUCGUGGGAGGACGCCCGUCAGUGAGUAAGAAGAAGGUGAGUUUCUCUGGUAAUGGUCAGGUUCAUGAGCUCAACGAAGAGACAGGGGAUGGAAAUGAGGUAGAUGAGGGCUCUGAAAACUCGAGCUCUGCUGAGUCUGAUGAGGUGAAGCCUAACAAGAGAAGUGCCAAUGGUAAGCCUGGUCUUGCUGCACCAAUGCCAGUGCACAUGGAGUCGAGGAGGAUUGCUGAUGCAAGGAGAUGACUUGAGAUUUGCAUCAUGUAAUGCGACGCGUGGGUUUAUAACCCUGUUGUCAUCUCCUUGCUGCAUUUCCACUGAUGUUUCACGAGGGAGGAUUGGGUCUCUCAAAAUCUCAAAUGGCGGAGAGUACAACUGUGAACUUAAGAACUAGGGCAGUUGUAUUGCUCAGAUGACCUUUCUGUUAAUUGCAUUGUGUUGUAGGAUUGUACUAUUACUAGUAUCAGUUUUUUUUGGCACUGAGAGUGAGAAAUUGAGAAUUGAAGCUUGGCACAUUUCGUUGAACUGAAAUGUUUAGGUCCUUGAAUAAUCCUGUUUUUCUGACCAACCAUGCUCAUUAUCAUUCUGGAUCGGUGAAUCACAGUGCCCCAA